CGAGCUCGGGUGCACGCACUGGGACACGGCGGACAUGUAUGGUUGGGGGAAGAACGAGGAGCUGCUGGGCAAAGUGCUGUCCGAUCCCGCCAAGCGUUCCAAAGUCUUUCUGGCGACGAAGUUCGGUAACAUGCGCGGGCCCAACGGCGAGUUCCUCGGUAUCAAUGGCAAGCCAGAGUACGUCCGGCAGCAGUGCGAGACGUCGCUCAAGCGCCUGCGUGUCCAACAAAUCGACCUUUACUACCAGCACCGCGUCGAUCCCAACACGCCCAUCGAGGAAACAGUGGGGGAGAUGGCUAAGCUCGUGAAGGAGGGGAAAGUCCGCUUCCUCGGUCUGUCAGAGUGCUCCGCCACGACCCUGCGGAGGGCACACAAGGUCCACCCCAUUGCCGCCGUGCAGAUCGAGUACUCGCCGUGGACACUGGAUAUUGAGCAGAACGGGCUGCUGGCGACGGCGCGUGAGCUGGGCGUCACGAUCGUCGCGUACUCACCUUUGGGCCGGGGCAUGCUUACUGGCAAGUACCGCUCUCCCGACGACUUCCCUGAAGGCGACUUCCGUCGCUUCAACCCCCGCUUCUCGCCCGAAAACUUCCCCCACAACCUUGCGCUGGUCGAUGAGUUCCAGUCGCUGGCGCAGAAGAAGGGAUGCACGGCCAGUCAGCUUUGCCUCGCGUGGGUCUUGAAGCAGGGAGAGGAUAUUGUAGCGAUCCCGGGCACGAAGAGGGUCAAGUACCUUGAGGAAAAUAUCGGUGCGGCGGGAGUAGAGAUUUCGGACGAGGAGAGCAAAGAGAUUAGGGCCGUUAUUUCGAGGAUAGAAAUCAAGGGCACGAGGUAUCCCGAGGCAGGCAUGAAGUCAGUUGGCUUGUAGGGGAUGUACGGUACACGGUACUCAGCGAGGCUGUUCGUACUGGUUCAUAUUUGCGAGAGCCUCGUAGAAGUUUUUCAGUCAGAUACAAAAAAUCAUUCAUGCAGUUCACAGUUCGCAGCGAGCCUACCG